AUGGCAAGGAACAAUGGUAAUAUGACUGUUGAACUCAUGGAGAAUCUAGGAUCAGCAGAAGAGGGGGGUUCUAAUUGGGAAGAGAAGCUUGAGCCUUGUGAUAAUUUAAAAAAUAGCAAAUGUACUAAAGAUAGAUUAAAGGACCUAAUAACCCCAAUAGUUUCUACGUUGAAACCUUCAUUGACAAAUGAAUUUCUAUAUCCUUUUUCUCUUACUUUUAGAAGUGAAAUGCUCGAAAGGAAUUUUCUCACUGGAUUACGUAAAAGAAUGGAAACUGGAGUAUUUUGGAUAGGUAUUUUGGCUUUAAUUUUGACAAUAAUAGAUAUAAUAUUAGGGAUUUAUCAUUUGCAGAUAUCAGGGGCAACUAGGAGAUCUUUAACAGUAUAUUUUGCAGUUACGGGUACUGUGGCAGGAUUUGCUUUAUUAUUAAUAGCAUCCUAUUUUAUGAAUUUUCUCACUCGAAAUAUAGAACUUCUAUUCACUUUCACUUCUAUCAUAGCAACUAUUUUAAAUAUUAUUUCUAGCAAUCUAUUAAUAGAAAUUAGUCCUGAAGUAGAGAAGAGUUAUGAUCCUACUGUUCAUCAUUCAAGAUCUCUUGUAGUAAUAACAUUUAUCUGUAUGCUCCACUUUUUACUUCCAACCUCUUUUCUUCCAAUUUUACUCUAUGUAACUUUUAGUAUUGGAAGCUAUAUUAUAUUGGUUCCAUCAAUUUUACAACCUAUACCAAAUGAGCCAGUAUAUAUAUCAACAAUUAUAUAUCUUAUUAUAUUUUCUUUAGUAUGUAUAAUAGCAAAGCGUUUGAAUGUUAUAUCAGCUAAGAAAGAUUUUUAUAAUAUGAAUUUAAUCAAAACUGAAAUUCAAAUUCUUGAGAAAUCUAUAAAUCAAGCUCCUAAAUCUACAGUAAUUGAAGGUACCUUAGCUAAGAUUAAUAAGGUUCAGCUUUUUUUACGCUAUCUUAAUACAACUAAGGUAAAAGGUAUAAAUAAGAAGAUGUUACAUGAAACAAUGAGUGAAUUAACUGCAGCCCAAGUAAAUCUUAGUAGAACAGAGGAUAUAUAUGCAGUUGAUCCAGCUUCAAUUUUUAUGCCUGCACAAUCCCAGAUAAAUAUCGCAUCAUCACCUUUUUCUUUGAAAAGUAAAUUAACAUUGAGUAAAUCUUUAUCAUCAAAACCAUAUGUAAUGGGGUCAUCAGAUUCUAGAAAUAUACGGUCAGGGAACUUAUCACCUCCUGUUACUACGAAAUCUGAAACAAAUUUACAAGACAGUAUUAGUAUUCCAAUUAAUUCUCAAACUCCUCAAGGAGCAAGUGGAUUACUUUCUCCUAUGAAUUUUAGUAAUGAUAAUAAUAUAAUGCCUGAUAGCUUGCGUCGAAAUACAGAAUCAAGGAUGGGAAGUGGUGGUAUUCCAGGUCCUUCACGUCGUAGACUUUCUAUGAUGAUUGCAGGUGUAGGUGAAAACUCUUCUUCCUUGAUUGAUCCGUCAGCUGAGAGAGUCCGUGAGUAUAUAACUGCUGAAUUUACGAAAUCUUCAGUUUCCAGGCGUGAAGGUAUUUAUUCAUCAAGAAUAUUUGGUGAUAAAGAGCCUGGUUUAGUUAGGGAUUUAGAUAUAACAUCUUGUAUAUCUGAUAAGAGCCCGAGAAAUAACUUAAUAGGUGAAAAUAUUAUAAAAGAUACUUCACAAAAAUGUUUAUCUCCAAGGGAUAUAAAAAUAUCUUCAGAAUCAUCUCCUAAUAAAUGGAGAAUGGCUCUUAAAGAGAAACGUAAGAUAGCUCAGUAUACUACAAUGGCUACCGCGAAACUUUUAUCACUUAGAGACUCUUCUGGAACUGUUAAGAAUAUUUGUUCUAAACUCUUUAAUGGUGUCGAAAAUGCAUGUGAUUUUAUACUUCCUGAAAAACCUAGUAGAGUAAAAAACACUUUAUAUGAGGAUAUUGAAAAGGCUUUACAAUUAAUGGAGGUUCAAUAUGGGUCUGACUGGGACUUAGAUAUGUGGAAUUUAAAAGCUCUUACAUAUGGGAAUUGUUUAACUGUAGCAGGGUUAUUCAUGAUAUUUGUCAUUAUUGCAGAAGAAAGAAAUUCUCUCCUUAGAAAUGACACUUCUACCCUUCCUAGAGGUAUUGCAGCAGCCCAUCCUUCAUCUAUUACUGCUCCUUCUAGGCUCAUUAAAGAUAUAUCUAAAUUUGCUGUAUUUAUUAGAGAGGUAAAUAUUCGAUAUCUCAAUAAUAAAUAUCAUAAUGAACUUCAUGGAACUAAUGUCUGUCAUCAUACGGUAUGUCUAACAAAAGCUACAGGCCUAUGGAAUCAUUUAGAUACUGUUGAACGUUUGGCUAUAGUAAUAGCGGCAUUAGGUCAUGAUGUUGGUCAUGUAGGACGUACAAGCAGUUUUUUAGUAAAUUCAAGGCAUAUGUUGGCUAUUAAUUAUAAUGAUAGAUCAGUUCUGGAGAUGUUCCAUGCUUCCCUAACAUUUCGUAUAAUCUACUAUUAUGAUGGAGGAGCUGCAGAUUUUAUACAAAGUUGGGAUGCAGAUGUGCAUAGAGAUUUUAGAAGAAUGGUUAUAGAAUUUAUUUUGGAAACAGAUAUGCACCGGCAUUUUGAAUGCGUAUCUAGGUUUAGAGUUCGUAGACAAGCUUCUGAUUGGGAUCCUUAUGGUGAUGUUCAGGAUCGCUUAAUGCUUGCUAGGACUUGUUUGAAAGCAGCUGAUAUUGGACAUGGAGCUCUUGAAUGGGCACAACAUUAUAAGUGGUGUCGUGCAGUUAUCGAAGAGUUUUUUAUCCAAGGAGAUGAAGAAAAAGCUCUUGCAUUACCUAUAUCACCAAUUUGUGAUAGGGAAUCUACAGAUGUUCCAAAGUCUCAAGUGGGAUUUUUGAACUUUGUAUGUUUACCACUAUUUCAGGAGCUUUGCUAUGCUGACGUUGAUGGGGGCGUUAGAAAGUGCAUUGGUCGAAUUUUGGAAAAUAUUAAUUAUUGGGAAGAUAUGGCUGAAGCAGAAAUUCAAUGGGAUAGUGAUGAGGCUGUAUCUCUAAGCCCAAAUAGUCGUAAUGUUUAA